AUGAAAGUGUCAGCCCUUUUCAUGGCCGCAGCGGCUGGCCCGCUGCUGGUUCUGGCUCACUUCACAAUGCCCAAGGGACCCGUGGGCACUGCUGUUCCAUUGCCGCCAGGCAAACCACAGCCUGCGCCGCCUUAUGCCAUGGGCAAAUUCAAGGCAGCCAAUGGUGGUGUCCCGGAUCAGGGGAUUCUCAAUGGACCAGUUUUGCAGCCACUCAACUCUACAAUGCUUGCUGCUCUUCACAAUGGUCAAGAUCCUUCCAACGAACAACAUGCCCCAUCUCCUGUCCCCAAGCCUAUCAAUCAUGCCGUUGUGCAUCAUCCUGCUCUCAAUCAGUCUGUCCUCAAUCAUACCGCCGUUGGGAACAGCACACUUGCGCCCCGUCGACCAGACUAUAAGCCCUGGUGGGUGGUGAUUGCGGAACACUCUAAGAUGCCCCUAGCUCCCGAAGGAUACCAGUACUACCGCAACAUCAAGGACUUUGGUGCCAAGGGCGAUGGUGUCACAGAUGACACAGCUGCCAUUAACCGUGCUGCUGCUACCAUGAGCAGCGCCAACCUCGACCACACUCGAUGUGGUGAGGAUUGUGGUUCUACCUCAGUCUUACAGGCACUUGUAUAUUUCCCGGAGGGCACGUACCUGGUAUCCAGUCCCAUUGUACAAUACUAUCAUACUGUCUUCAUGGGCGAUUUCAACAACAAGCCCGUCAUCAAGGGCUCUGCCAACUUUACCGGCAUCGCCUUGAUAGACAGCAAUGUCUAUGUUCCCAAGGGCGGUGGUAGACAGUGGUACUACAACCAAAGCAACUUCCUACGCCAAAUCAGAAACAUGGUCUUUGACAUGACGGGCAUGAGCAGGACCAAUAAACAGGGUGACCAGGAGUAUGUUCCGACGGGAAUUCAUUGGCAGGCUGGUCAGGCGACAAGCAUUUCCAACUGCGACUUCAACAUGCCCCUAUCCAGCCCCAAUGGCACUGCUACGGCGGUCGGUAUUCUCAUGGAAAACGGCAGUGGUGGCUCUAUUAGCGAUUCGACCUUUAAGGGUGGAAAUAUUGGCUUGAUUGCUGGGUCUCAGCAGUUUACUGCCAUCAACCUGCAAUUCAAAUCGUGCCUGACGGCUGUCAAGCAGGCAUGGAACUGGGGCUUCACAUACAAGAACAUUUACAUUGAAUCCUGUGCUAUUGGAUUUGACUGUAUUGGAGCCGAUACCUUGCAAAAUGGCGUUGGAUCCAUCUCACUGCUAGAUUCACACUUUAACUCGGUCCCCAACGCCAUUACCAUUAGCGAAAACGUCACGCAGCAGCCGAAUCUUGUUCUCGACAACAUUCUCAUCGAGAAGGUCGGCGCGGUCGUUGCUGUUCCAGGCAAGGAAACUCUUCUCAAAGCCACAACGCAAAACACAAAACUCAAGCAGUGGGUAUCCGGAUACCAGUAUCUUGUUGGUGACGCUGAUGGUGAUGGCGGCAAGCGCCGUUCUGGAUUCAUCGAUCCGCCCAUCAAAAAGCCUGCUGGACUCCUGGACAAAGAUGGCAAUUACUUUUGGCAGCCCAAGCCUACAUACCAGCAAACCCCAGAGAGGCUCAUGAAAAUGCUUACCGAUGAUCCUGAAAUCAAGCUCGAUGGUACGGGAGAUCAGACGGAAAGAAUCAAUGCGUUCCUCAAACAACAUGUGGGCAAGCCUAUCUUGUUCCCUGCUGGCAUCUACCAGGUCAAGGGCACCGUCUUCAUUCCACCCAAUUCGGUCAUUAUCGGCACCAGUUGGAGCCAAAUCAGAGGCACUGGUGACUACUUUGCUGACGAGAAUAACCCCAAGGUCAUGGUAAAGGUUGGAAGCCGCGGCGAUCAGGGCAAGAUUGAGAUCUCGGACAUGCUCUUCACCGUCAAAGGCAACACAGCCGGAGCGAUCCUCAUGGAAUGGAACAUCCGCGACGGCGGCCAAGGUGCCGCCGGUAUGUGGGAUAGCCAUUUCCGUGUCGGCGGUGCUGCUGAUAGCGAUCUUCAACUUGCCAAUUGCCCCGUUGGCAAGAUGAAUAAGAAGUGCCAGGCAGCCUCCAUGAUUAUGCAUCUUACCCCCGGAUCCUCUGGUUACUUUGACAACAUGUGGCUCUGGGUGGCCGACCACGAUCUCGACAACAAGGCCAAUGCUGACACAACACAACAAGUCGACGGUAUUCCGCGGAACCAAAAGUCACAGAUUUCUGUCUAUUCCGGACGAGGCAUGCUGAUUGAGUCUACCGGGCCAACUUGGUUCUACGGCACAGCUAGUGAGCACAACCAGUUGUACCAAUAUCAGCUUCACAAGACAUCCAAUGUCUUUUUUGGCCACAUGCAGACUGAAACACCAUACUAUCAGCCGAAUCCUACUGCCCUGGAGCCCUACAAGCCUGGAAAGUUCCCUGCCGAUCCCAACUUUUCGCGCUGUGACAAGGACGACAAGAGCUGCAACACCGCAUGGGCGCUGCGCGUUAUCGAGUCUACAGAUAUCGUCAUUUACGGCGCUGGAUUGUACUCUUUCUUUCAGGAUAACAAGUUGGGGUGCACAAAGGACGAAAGCUGCCAACAGAGUAUGGUGGAGACAAGCUUUAGCGAGCGACUGUGGAUGUACAACAUCUUUACAAAGGGCAACAAAGAGAUUGUCAGUCCACGAGGCAUUCUGCCGAACCUCAACUUUGACAAUUCCACUCGCAAUGGGUUUACUAGUGAAGUUGCGGCGUGGUUGCCGCUUGCUCUGGGUGGCGGAGACUAUGGCGACGACUCCAUCAAUUCUGGUGAUGACGAUGACGGCGACGAGGACCAAAUUGAGGAUGCGAGUAUGUCGGUGAAGUGCGAUCUCGGUAGGGAAUUUAACUCGCUGGAAGAGUUGGAUGCUGCUGCGGAUAUACCGACGGACUGCAAAACCAUCAUGGCGGCGAAAACAAUGGCGAAUAUCCUUGAUCAUGUGCUCGAUGAAUACAAAGAAGUCGACAAGGGCUAUGACGAUCACUUUGGAUAUUACGAGACCUAUAUGAAUCAUUUUGCUGAGGAGCAGAUCCCAGUCGGUGCUACCAAGCACGCCCAAUUCUUCGACUGCGUAGCGAAGGGCUACACGAGUGGUCCGUGUGAUGCGAUGUUGAAAGAGGUCAACAAUGAUUCAUUCGAUAUGGCAUGGACACUACGAGAUAAGACUGGCUUCCUAGACGCCAUGUCAAAUGAAUUCGGUAUCCUCGAGAAUUGGAUCAAGUACGGAGUGGAUGGGACACCAUUGCACUGUUUCGGAAAAACGGGUUCGAGCCGCAAGGACCCAGGCAGUGACGAAGUAGACGGUUGCAAGAACUCCCAACGAGUUAAGCGCGGCUUCCCCCAGAAAGCUGACAAUAUCAAAUUCCCCAAUCCCAAAGAGGUAAUCAUGGGUGCGGGGAAUAACCUCCAAACGCUACAAAUCAAGAUUGCAGCCACCUACGCCGACAUGGUCCUGGGGCAGUGGAACGGAUCUUACGCAGAUGCCGUGGAGGUUCUGGCCAUUCCUGUUGGUCUGAUGCAGCAGGCAAUUGAAUCUAUGAAGGACGUCAAGGCAAAAGCCAAGGCUGAAGAGGAGGAAGAAAAGAAAAAGUUGACCAAUCUGAUUCUGACGAUCGUUUUUGCAGUCGUCCCUCUUGUAGGCGAGUUUAGUGCCACGGCCUUUGGAUUUGUUGGAAUAGCACGACUGAUUGCUACUAUUGGUCAGGUCGCAAAUGCGGCCUUGAUAUCAAGAAUAUCGUGGACACUCCGGAAAGUGCGCCGUUCGUGUUGAUAGGAGGCAUCCUGGGCCUAGAAGGCUUAGCGAAACCACGCACCGCGGCCGGCCUGACGUCGUUGAAGAGUGCAGAGGGGGUGAUGACAAAGGCGGGCAAACUGGGUGCUGUUGGGCGUUUUGUAGAGAAGAAUAG